UUUGCGUUCUCCUGGGUGUCUAGUGUAACAGCAACAGAAUUUGAUUCCAGUACGACCACUUCAGCUGUCAAAUACAGAGCAGACAGGGAAACUGCUGGGCCAGCUUUAGUUCGCUCUCUUCGGGCAAGAGCUCAUUCCUUGGCAUGGAGAAAGCAAAGCAAGAUGCUUUUGACAGAGCCCGACUCCACGUUAUCAAGGACGGUUAUGAAAGGGCGUUCGAGUGCAUUAACAAGGGUCUCUCAGAGGAUGAGGCAGGAAACAAGGAACAGGCUUUGGAGCUUUACCGGCAGGGUCGUCAGCACCUCCUCAGGGCACUCAGCGUGCCGUCCCGGGGAGAGGAAUGUGUGGGUUCUUCUUGGGAUUCGGCCCGGCAGAUGCAGCAGAAGAUGCAGGAGACUCUAGACAACAUCACCACCAGAUUAGCAGUGUUGGAGACCAGCCCAAGCUCUGUUUCCAAUGGCACCGUCCCUCAAAACCUCUACCCCGCACUCCCCAAACAGAGGCCGGCUCCACCCAAGGAGCUGUUCCCCAGUGCCCCACCCAUAGGAUCUGAGUCUGAGGUGCCUUCAGGAGCUCGAGGAGCAGCACCCGUUUCACCUUCACUGCCACACGUAUCCUGUGACCAACCACCAGCCUACUCCCCGAAAGCUGCUGAUGGACACCUCAGUAUUAGCUAUGGCACUGCUGCAGGUGAGCUUUCCCUGGUUGGGGAUGAAUUCUACAGCCAUACCCCCAACUCUGCUCCCUCUCCUCAGAGCCUUGGGGAAGAUGGAGAGGAGCUGUUUUUUCUACCCCAGGGUGUGCAGAUCUUCUUUGUCACCCCUGAUGGACAAGUGAGUGCCCCCUCUUAUCCCGGCUACCUGCGAAUAGUUAAGUUCACCAACGAGUGCUCCGAAAGAGUGCCCAGAAGACCACCUGCCUUUCUUCAGGUGUGUGACUGGCUUUACCCCUUGAUGGCCACUGACUCGCCAGUCCUGCUGUGCAACACUGGAGUCUAUAUGUUCCCUGAUAUGAUGGCUCCCUGCCCAGGCUCCUAUGUGGGAGUGGUGCUGUCCUCUGAACUGCCCCGCUCGGAGCGAGAGCUCUUCCAGGACCUCCUGUCUCAAAUGACAGACCUGCGAGUCCAGGUGAGCUUCUCCAGUCCAGCCUCAGAGCCCCAGAGGUCAUCCGCUACUCCACCACAGGCGUCAGAUGAAGCUGCAGAUACCAUUAACCUGGGCCAGAAGGUGCCCAUGGGGCCUCCAGAAGAGGUGGUGCCCCCUACUGCUGAGGAUGAGAAAGUACUUCCGGAGUGGAGCGAGAAAGUGGCUCAUGGAAUCCUUACAGGGGCUUCGUGGCUAAGCUGGGGAUUAGUGAAGGGGGCAGAGUACACAGGGAAGGCUAUCCAUAAAGGAGCAUCCAAACUGAGGGAACACAUCACCCCCGAGGACAAACCAACACAAGUCAACCCCACUGUCACCAAAGGCCUCCAUGUAGCCAAGCAGGCCACUGGAGGAGCUGUGAAAGUGAGCCAGUUUCUAGUGGAUGGGCUUUGCACCGUUGCUGGCCAUGUGGGCAGGGAGUUGGCCCCACAUGUGAAGAAACAUGGGGGUAAACUGCUCCCAGAGUCCAUGAAAAAAGACAAGGAUGGACGGUCCAAUAUUGAUGGUGCCAUGGUAGUAGCUGCAAGUGGGGUUCAAGGAUUCGCGACUAUGUGGACAGGCUUGGAAGCCGCAGCUAAAAACAUUGCAAAGAGCGUUGCGACAGAGACGGUCAACACUGUGAAGCAUAAGUAUGGGGCAGAGGCAGGGCGGGCCACAGACCAUGCUGUCAACUCCGCUAUUAACGUGGGCGUCACUGCCUUCAACAUCGACAACCUGGGGAUCAAGGCGAUGGUGAAAAAGACAGGCAAAGAAACUGCCCAUGCCAUUCUGAAAGACUACAAAGUGCAGGAGAGUUCAGAGACUGAGAAACAACAGGACAAAAACCAGGACCAAAAAUAACUGACACUGGACCUUACUGUCUGUAAAGACAAAAGAAAUGAAGGGUUUUGCAUGAACUGAUACUGAAGAGGUUUCACGUACAAGUUACCAUCAAGGCACUGAUAUAUUUGUGCUACUGACAUCUACACAUACAUCCCUGGCUUAUAUUUAGCCUCAAAGAUGUUCUUAUACAGCUCUUACUGUAAGGAUUUACUAACAUGCUGCCUAUUUUGAGUCUACUUUUGUUAAGGUAUAACUGUACGGGUGUGCUGCUGUGUGAGCUCACUGACCUAACGCCUUAUUCUGCACCAGCUCUAAGCAUAUUCUCCACUGACUGAAUAGGUCUGCCCACUAAUACAUAGUGACAUAAUUCAAUUCAGGACCAUUUGCUCUUCUUUGUCUCUUACAGAUGGACACCUAAAAUUAUAUUUAUAAGCCAAAGUAUUAUUUUUAAAUGACAUAGAGCCUUAAUAUGAACUGUCUUUGUCACAACUUUCUACUGUGUCUAAAUGCUGUACUAGAAUGUCUAUUUAAAUGCUCUAUUUAUAAUGAAAUGUUUAUACUUUCAGACUAGUUUGCUUGCAAAGCUUUUUAAAAAGUUGUCUUUUAUGGUUUUAAUAUAUUUCCGAGCACUUUAACCCUCACUAGUGGGGAAAGUACACUUCAGAGCUUGAUAUGAGUGACUUUGGCUUCUUCUAAUCAAGCUAGUCUUUACUAUGUGUCCAAAAAUCUCAGAACACCUGCAUGUUCAAUGUUGCUUCUGAAGUCGAUAGUGUUAAUAAGGAGUUUGUGCCCCUUUGCUGCAGUGACAGCCUCUGAUCUACUGGAAAGGCACUAGAUGUUGGAACAUGGCUGUGAGGAUUUAAUUGCAUUUGACCACAGAAGCAUUAGUCAAAUACUAGUGUUGGAUGAUCAUUUGUGGAUGACAAACAUCCCUCCAACUCAGCCUAUCCGUCUAGCAAUACACAGGGCUAGAGAAAUAAUGUGGACUGCCUAAGGGUUCCUGAGAUCCACAGCUUUAGCCAGUGAGGUCAUGGUGACUUUAGGCUAGGGAUGCUGUCCUAGUCCUGGAGAUCUACCACCCUGGAGAGUUCAGAUCAAACACACUUGGCUCUAAUAUACAGAUGCUGCUGAAGGCCUUCAUUACCUGGAUCAGGUGUGAUUGAUAGGGGUUGAAGAUAAACUUUGCAGGGUGGUUGAUCUCCAGGACCAACCAGGAUUUGGCACCCCUGCUUUGGGCUUAUGUGCAGCUGAUCCAGAGGGUUCCGCUUUAUUUGAAAUGCUUUUCUAUGGAGAUUAUACAAGAGAUACAUACUGCGUGUCUGGAGUUGAACACCUGGGUCAGCGGUGAAACACAUUUAAGUAGCUGAUUUCACUGAUUAGAAGGGCUGUCUUUUGAAGAUAUAGUGUACUUUGUCCUUUUUGUAUGCUGGCAAGUGAGAGGAAAUAGAAAGGAGUAAGAUUUAAAAUGGCUGGCAAUAGCUUAAAGAUGAAGCUUUUGAAGUUAUGUUCAAUUAUUUUUUUCUACUAAAAUUGCUGCAUACACCAGUUAUGGAUAAUCAUCUUUUGCUGACAUUGCUAUGCAGUUACUUCACUGCAAGUCUAUAUUAAUGCCCUGUAAACUGAUAUGGAUAUGACUGUUUGAUAGCCAUGUGAUCUUGAAUUGAGUUGGAGCAGUUCAUAGAAGACUUUGACAGGCAUUCACCCACGUAUAGCUUUACUUGUCUUCAGUAAGUCUGCUGUUUUACAUAAUCUUGUUAGAUUUAACUACAUUCAUAGCUAUUUCUACAGGCUCAGAAUGAUAUUGUGCCUAAACAGACAAAUUGUGGUGAGUUUCCAGAAGUGUUGCAUAAGAGAGUAGAGCAUUGUUUGUUUUUAAUCAGCUUUGUAACAUUUGUUUAUAUGUGCCCUGCCCCACACACACAGUUCUAUGUAUGUUAGGAAGGGAAAACUGAAGAAAAACAGGUGAAAAACCUCAGAGAUCUUUGUCAGAUGAGUUAAAAUGUCUCUCAAUAGUACUUAUUUCAACAUGUUCUCACUGUAAAUGAUGUGAAAGAGUCAGGUUUAACCACUGAUACUAUAUUAAAGGGUUUUAUCUAACAUGGUUACAUAUUGAUGUAAUUAUUUGAGAAAAUAAACCUUGAUUUUAAAAGGCAAAA